CUUGUCAUACUUUAUCAAUGAUUAUAGUCAUAUGCUAUGUUAAUGGUAUAACCGGUUUAAUAUAGUUGUUAUAAUAUUCUUACAGAAAUUAAUGCCUAAUUAAAAUCACAAUGAAGCAAUCAGUGGACAAAAAAGGCAGGAUGCCGAUUAAUAAAGAAAAAUUUAAGAAAUAUUCUAAAGGCCCUGGGAUUGAUUUGAAACGAAAAACAAGUAAGAUAAAAAAUAAAGUGAUUAGACAAAAGCUGCAGAACAAAGAGCAGGCCAUAAAGGAAGCAACAGAAGCUUCUGCUCGGACGGAAUUAUUAUUGACAGAAGAUCAUGGCUAUUUGGAAGCUGAAUCCGGAGAAGCUACUACUGAAUAUCGACAAAAGCAAAUAGUAAACAAUGUAGACAUAACAAGUGCAGCCAAACAAUUUAAAUUGGAUUUGCAAUUUGGUCCAUAUUGCUUUAGAUAUACUAGAAAUGGUAGACACUUACUUUUGGGUGGAAAACAAGGUCAUGUAGCAGCUUUUGACUGGGUAACGAAAAAGUUGUCCUGCGAAAUAAAUGUGAUGGAAUCUGUACACGAUGUUGCUUGGCUGCAUCAAGAAACCAUGUUUGCAGUAGCACAGAAAGAUUGGGUUUAUGUAUAUGAUAAUCAAGGAAUAGAAUUACAUUGUUUGAAAAGAAUGAAUGGUGUGACAAGAUUGGAAUUUUUACCAUAUCAUUUUUUGCUCGCCAGUGGAUCAAAAGAUGGUCAUAUGGCUUGGCUGGAUGUAUCUAUAGGCAAACUUGUCUCUCGCUACAAUUCACAUUUGGGUAGAAUAUCUGUGAUGACGCAAAAUCCAAGUAAUGCAGUAUUGUGUGUGGGUAAUUCAAAAGGAGUAGUGUCUAUGUGGUCUCCAAACUCUAAUAAACCAUUGGCAAAAAUGCUCUGUCACCAUCAGCCAAUAAUGACGUGUGCUAUUCAUCCCUAUGGAACUUAUAUGGCAACAAGUUCUAUAGAUAAGUCUGUGAAGAUAUGGGACAUUCGACAGUUAGAUGGACCAUUGAGUCAUAUGCACCUUCGUUCUCCUGCUCAUCGUAUGUCUUACAGUCAACGUGGCCUGCUUGGACUUGGAAUGGGCAAUGUAGUGGAGAUUUUCAGGGAAACAUCUGGUGACUUUAAGCCAUAUUUGCGACAUAAGACUGCUCGCAAUGUAUGUUGUGUGAAAUUCUGCCCAUACGAAGAUAUAUUAGGAAUUUCUACAGCAAAUGAGUUUUCAUCACUUCUGGUACCAGGAAGUGGAGAAGCAAACUAUGAUGCAUUGGAAGUGAAUCCAUUCCAAACUAAAAGUCAGAGACGAGAGACAGAAGUGAAAGCACUUUUGGAGAAAAUACAACCAGAGUUUAUUACUCUCGAUUCAAGCGAUAUAAUCCAAGUUGAUGUACCUAGUUUGAAGAGCAAAAUGGAAGCAAAGAAAAAACUUUUGUAUGUUAAACCAAAGCCGAUAGAUUACAUGCCACAACGGACGAAAGCCAAAGGAAAAGGUGGCACUGCAAAGAUAAUAAAAACUAAAAAGAUACUAAAAGAUCUACAUCGUCGGGAAUUGAUGGAAGCACGAUUGCACGAAAUACGGGAAGAAAAAAUGCCGAAACAAACCGAAACAAAGCAAAACAAAGAUUAUGGUGUAUUAAAUAGAUUUCUUUUAAAGAAAUAAUAAAGUAAUAUCUUGAUAGGAAA